GUGACGUGACCAGUGUGCGUACACUUGACGUACUAGGAAGUAAACCAGAACGCGUCACAUGUUUUAAUAAGUAAAUAUCAAACGUGUCGCGUUUCAUUUGAACUAAUUAGUGCCACAACCUGCACAUGACUGGAGAAGGGAGGCGUGCGUUUAAUUUACCAUGUCGGCUAACUACCCCACGCCUCUGUACGAUCACGCCGCGCGGGGAGACUUCAGCGAAGUUUACGAGCCGUCGGAGGAUUCCUUCCUGCUCAUUGACGCCCUGGAAAAGGAUGCUGAAGAACUUAAGCGCAUGAGUGGGCCGCACGUGUGCGUGGAGGUGGGCAGCGGCUCCGGAGUGGUGUCUGCGUUCCUCGCGUCCCUGCUUGGACCCUCAGCCAUAUAUUUUUGCACGGACGUGAAUCGUGCCGCAGCGCUCUGCACCGCCAAGACGGCAUCACGCAACUCCGUGUCGCUUGAGCCCAUCGUCACCGACCUGGUGGAAAGUAUCCUGCCCCGCUUGAGCGGACAAGUGGAUGUGCUCCUGUUCAACCCGCCAUAUGUGGUAACACCGUCCAGUGAGGUGGGCAGCACGGGCAUCGAGGCGGCUUGGGCCGGCGGAAGCCGAGGUCGCGAGGUCACAGACAGAUUCCUACCAAUCGUAUCGCAGUUGCUGUCCAGUCGAGGGCUGUUCUACUUGGUCACCAUCGCUGAGAAUGAUCCAGCUGUUUUUGUCCUCGGCAUCCUAGAGGAGAUCAUCCAGAUCCUGAGCGGACACGGCCUGCGGGGAGAGCCACGCCUGUCGACCAGAGCCGGGAACGAGCGGCUCGCAGUGCUGCGCUUUCAGAGGUGCAAAUAUACGUGAAGUCGCCGGCUCGGUGGCACUGUGUCAGAGUAUGCCUUUCCUACUGCUGUAAGUUGGACCUACAGAUGAUGCGGCCGUCCUCACUGAGGUGGAUGGCCCCGCUGGCGACCAGCUCCAUGGCGGCGGGGAAGGCCCUGUGCUCGGCCUCUUUGAUUCGGUCCGACAGACUUUCCUCCGUGUCGUCGCUCGACACCGGCACGGCCUCCUGCACGAUGAUGGCGCCUGCGUCCACCUCCUCCUGACAGACACAUGCGACGUUUCAUCUCAGCUUUGGCGACGCGUGGACGACAAUGUGGUUGACUUACUGCGACAAAGUGGACUGUGCAGCCGCUGACCCGCACCCCGGCCUGGAGAGCUUGCUUUUGGGCGUUCACACCCUUGAAGGAGGGCAGCAGGGAGGGAUGGACGUUCAAGAGUUUACCUAAAAUGUUUUUAUUUUAAGAGGAAGAAAAAAAAAAAGGAAUCAAGAGUCAUAGUGAUUAUUACGUGUGCUUCAACUCACCGUUCCAUUUCUUGACAAAAGAUCCCGUGAGGAUCCGCAUGAAUCCGGCCAGACACACCAACUCCACCCCAAAUUCUUCCAGCACUCGGUGGAUGGUGCCGUCAAACUCUGCUCGGCUCCCGUACAGUUUGUGGUCAACCACCUCGUGGAAAUCAAACACAUUUUGUUAGUGUACACGGAAACCUCUUAUUUCCAAAUAUGGUUCAUUUCAGAGUUUUUCAAUAAUCCACACUAUUGGUUUGUCUCCAUGUCUGUUAUUUAUACACAUUAACCAAUUUAAAAAGUUGAAAAGAGCUUGAGAACAAAUCAAUUUAAUCUUAAGCACAUACUGAAUGAAUGAAACUUUUUAGUCAAAAUAAAUUACAAAUCUCAGUGUAAAUGCUUUUAAAAAUGUAGCUUAUUUUUUUACCCAUGCCUUGAAAUUAUUUAAACAUUUUAAAUAUUUUUUCCUUUUAGCAGUUUUAUUACUUUAAAUGUCAAAUAAUUUUUAAUUAGUAAUUAACUUUCUCUACCUGUUACGUUUCUGCUUUCGCUUUACUUGCGUGACACACAUUGAGUUGUCCUACGGAAAUAAAGCUGCCUUGCCAAGA